AAAUCUAAAAUGGUUCUGCACACACGUCCCUUCAUAUGCUCUUCACUCUGAUUGUCCUUCUCUCUCUUCAUUUGGUGGUGGAGAGAGAGGUCCGUUCUAAAGCAGAAGCAAAGAAAAGCGAAAUUGAAGCUCAAAUGUGGAGGUUUCUUCUUCUUCUCCAGACAUGGCUUCUCAUUUUUUGUUUACCUUUCUCCAUUUGUUUAGCUAGCCCUGCACCCUGGGUUAUGCGCAUAAGCUGUGGAUCUCGUGUAAAUGUGCAUACUCCUCCAACCAAUACACUUUGGUACAAGGAUUUUGCGUAUACAGGAGGAAUUCCUACUAAUUCAACUGCGACAAGUUAUGUUGCUCCUCCACUUAAAACUCUCCGCUAUUUCCCUCUAUCUGAAGGUCCCAACAAUUGCUACAAUAUUAAAAGAGUGCCAAGGGGACAUUAUUCUGUGAGAGUCUUCUUUGCAUUGGUUGCUCAUCAGGAUCCUGACCCUAAUUUUGAUAAUGAACCUCUAUUUGACAUUUCUGUCGAAGGCACCCAGAUUUAUUCUUUGCAAUCAGGUUGGAGUAGCCAUGAUGAUCAAGUAUUUACUGAAGCCCAAGUGUUCCUCAUAGAUGGCACUGCCUCGGUCUGUUUCCAUAGCACUGGUCAUGGAGAUCCAGCAAUCCUUUCAAUUGAAAUUCUUGAAGUUGAUGAUCGAGCUUACUAUUUUGGCCCAGAGUGGGGUCAAGGGGUGAUCCUCAAAACAGUGACCCGAUUGAGUUGUGGUAAUGGGAAGUCAAAAUUUGAUGUAGAUUAUAGUGGGGACCGAUGGGGUGGGGAUAGAUUUUGGAAUAAAAUGCCUACGUUUGGACAGAAUUCAGAUAAAGCUAUAUCUACUGAAAAUAGCAUUAAGAAGGCUUCAAAUGCACCAAACUUCUACCCGGAAGCUCUUUAUCAGACUGCCCUUGUUAGCACUGAUAGUCAGCCAGAUUUAACAUAUACAAUGGAUGUGGAUCCUAAUAAAAACUACUCAAUAUGGUUACACUUUGCUGAGAUUGAUGUUUCAAUCACUGGUGUAGGGAAAAGGGUAUUUGACAUCCUGAUUAAUGGUGAUAUUGUAUUUGAAGGAGUAGAUGUUGCCAAAAUGAGUGGGGAUCGUUAUACUUCUCUUGUACUUAACACAACAGUUGCUGUUAAGGGGAGAACUUUGGCAAUUACCCUGCACCCUAAAGAAGGCAACCAUGCCAUCAUUAAUGCCAUUGAGGUAUUUGAGGUCAUCACAGCUGAGUCCAGAACUUUAUUGGAAGAAGUUAGGGCUUUACAGGCAUUAAAGAGUGCAUUGAGCCUUCCACUUCGGUUUGGCUGGAAUGGUGAUCCAUGUGUUCCCCAACAACAUCCAUGGAGCGGAGCAGAUUGUCAGUUUGACAGAACUAGCAACAAAUGGGUCAUCGAUGGACUUGGUCUUGACAACCAAGGUUUGAGUGGUUUCCUGCCAAAUGACAUAUCUGGUCUUCAUCAUUUACAGAGCAUAAACUUAAGUAGUAACAACAUUCGUGGGGCUAUUCCAUCAUCAAUUGGAACGAUAACCAGCUUAGAAGUACUGGACCUCUCUUACAACUUCUUCAACGGAUCAAUUCCUGACAGCAUUGGACAGUUGGCUUCGCUGCGGAGAUUGAAUCUCAAUGGCAACUCCUUAUCUGGAAAAGUUCCUGUUCCACUAGGAGGAAGGCUUUUGCAUGGCGCUAGCUUCAAUUUUACUGAUAAUUCAGGUCUUUGUGGUAUACCUGGAUUGCCUACGUGUGGGCCCCACCUAUCUGCUGGUGCAAAAAUUGGCAUUGCCUUUGGUGCAUCUGUGGCAUUCCUCGUCAUGGUUAUCUGUUCGAUGUGUUGGUGGAAAAGACAACAGAAUAUUCUUCGUGCACAACAGAUUGCUGCAAGAGGUGCACCUUAUGCGAAAGCAAGGACCCAAACAACACAUGAUAUCCAGAUGACAAGGCAUCAUAAUCAUGGAUAUGCACGGACAGCCGCUGAGAAUGGGCCUAGCUUACUGUCAUGACUCAUCGACCAUCUCCCCCAGAAUCCACUCCAUUUGAAAUUAGGCUCCUGAUUUGUUUUCUGGAAUUGGAUUUGCUUCUGAACAAGAGUCUCAAGAACUGAUGAUCGAUUUGGCAUGGUUCUAGAAUUCAUGGGCUGCCUAACGUGACCAUUCUUGGAUAAUAUUGUUCAUUGAAGUUGGAUAGGUUGGGUAGAAACGCUGUUGCAUCCAUCCUUGGUAUCAUCAAAUGCCAUAUAGAAUGAAAAGUCAUGUACAUUUUUUCAUUUCUUUUCCAGCAAAGGAAUGUUGUAAUAAGUUAAGAACUGAUGCCUAUGGAUAAAUUAAAUGUUUCCUGGUUCUCUACAUUUCAUUGCUAGUUUCGAAGGAACAUAUCCUUUGAGGUCCUGGCACCAUGAGAUCACACAAGUUCAGGCUGAGAGGACAAUAGCAUACACAAUUGUACCUAAUCUUAUUUUUUGUUUUGUUAAUAUUGGAUCUUGUAUAUCGUUAUCUUUGAAGAAUGGAUACAUGUAAUUGUGCA